GCCGGGCGCGGAGGUUUUUGUACAGUUCCUGGGAUCCAGCCCGGCAGGAUGGCCGAUGAAGGAGCCGUUGCCGUCUGCGUACGGGUUCGGCCUCUCAACAGCAGAGAAGAGGCGCUUGGAAAAGAUACUCAAGUUUACUGGAAAACUGACAAUAAUACAGUUUAUCAAGUCGAUGGGAGUAAAUCCUUCCAUUUUGAUCGUGUCUUUCAUAGCAAUGAAACUACUAAAAAUGUGUAUGAAGAAAUAGCAGUACCAAUCAUAGAUUCUGCCAUACAAGGCUACAAUGGUACUAUAUUUGCCUAUGGGCAGACUGCAUCAGGAAAAACAUAUACUAUGUCAGGGUCACAAGAUUAUUUGGGAGUAAUACCCAGGGCAAUUCAUGACAUUUUCCAAAAAAUUAAGAAGUUUCCUGAUAGGGAAUUUCUUUUACGUGUGUCUUACAUGGAGAUAUACAAUGAAACCAUUACAGACUUACUCUGUGACACUGAAAAAAUGAAGCCUUUAAUAAUUCGGGAAGACUUCAAUAGGAAUGUAUAUGUGGCUGAUCUCACAGAAGAAGUUGUUUAUACAUCAGAAAUGGCUUUGAAGUGGAUCACAAAAGGAGAAAAGAACAGGCAUUAUGGAAUUACAAAAAUGAAUCAAAGAAGUAGUCGUUCUCAUACCAUUUUUAGGAUGAUUUUGGAGAGUAGAGAGAAAGGUGAACCUAAUUUUGAAGGAUCUGUCAAGGUGUCCCAUUUGAAUUUGGUUGAUCUUGCUGGCAGUGAAAGAGCUGCUCAAACAGGUGCUGAAGGUUUGCGACUCAAAGAAGGCUGUAAUAUAAAUCGAAGCUUAUUUAUUUUGGGACAAGUAAUCAAGAAACUUAGUGAUGGACAAGUUGGUGGUUUCAUAAAUUAUCGAGAUAGCAAAUUAACACGAAUUCUCCAGAAUUCCUUGGGAGGAAAUGCAAAAACACGUAUUAUCUGCACAAUUACUCCGGUGUCUUUUGAUGAAACUCUUACUACUCUCCAGUUUGCCAGCACUGCUAAAUAUAUGAAGAAUACUCCUUACGUUAACGAGGUAUCAAGUGAUGAAGCUCUCCUGAAAAGAUACAGAAAAGAAAUAAUGGAUCUCAAAAAGCAAUUAGAGGAGGUUUCUUUAGAGACUCGGGCCCAGGCAAUGGAAAAAGACCAAAUGGCACAACUUUUGGAAGAAAAAGAUCUACUUCAAAAAGUGCAGAUUGAGAAAAUUCAAAACUUAACACGGAUGCUGGUGACCUCUUCUUCCCUCACAUCACAACAGGAAUUAAAGGCUAAAAAAAAACGAAGAGUCACUUGGUGCCUUGGCAAAAUUAACAAAAUGAAGGACUCAAACUAUGUAGAUGAAUUUAAUAUGCCAGUGAAUGUAACAACAAAAACACAUAAGGCUGCUGUAACUUUAGGAGAAAUUGAUGAAUCUCUCUGUUCAGAGUCUGAUAUUUUCAGUAACACUCUUGAUACAUUAACUGAGAUAGAGUGGAAUCCAGCAACAAAGCUACUAAGUCAGGAAAACUUAGAAAGUGAAUUGAGUUCACUUCGUGCUGACUAUGAUAAUCUGGUGUUAGACUAUGAACAACUAAGAAAAGAAAAUGAAGAAAUGGAAUUGAAAUUAAAAGAAAAGAAUGAUUUGGAUGAAUUUGAGGCUCUAGAAAGAAAAGCAGAGAAAGAUCAAGAGAUGCAACUAAUUCAUGAAAUUUCCAACUUAAAGAGUUUAGUUAAGCAUGCAGAAGUGUAUAAUCAAGAUCUUGAGGAUGAACUAAGUUCAAAAGUAGAGCUGCUUAGAGAAAAGGAAGACCAGAUUAAGAAGCUACGGAAAUACAUAGACUCUCAGAAGUCAGAAAGUAUGGAAAUGGACUUGUCAUACUCAUCGGAAAACACUGAAGACUUAAAACAAAUGAAACAGACUCUGCUUGAUGCUGAAACUGUAGCUCUUGAUGCCAAGAGAGAAUCAGCCUUUCUUAGAAGUGAAAAUCUAAAGCUGAAAGAAAAACUGAAAGAACUUGCAAGUACAUGCAAGCAAAUGGAAAAUGAUACUGAGUUAUAUCAAGGCCAGUUGGAGGCGAAAAAGAAAAUGCAAGUUGAUCUGGAGAAAGAAUUACAAUCUUCUUUUAAUGAAAUAACAAAACUCACCUCCCUUAUAGAUGGCAAAGUUCCAAAAGAUUUGCUCUCUAAUAUGGAAUUGGAAAGGAAAAUUACCCAUCUUCAGAAAGAACUGAAUAAGGAAGUCAAAGAAAAUGAAGCUUUGCGCAAAGAAGUUAAUUUGCUCUCAGAAUUGAAAUCUUUACCUUCAGAAGUAGAAACGCUAAGGAAGGAGAUACAUGAUAAAUCUGAAGCUCUCUGUAUAAUAACAUCAGAAAAAGAUAAAUUGUUUUCUGAAGUAGCUCAUAAGGAAAGUAGAAUUCAAGAUUUACUUGAAGAAAUUGGGAAAACUAAAAAUGACCUAGCAACUUCCCAGCUGAAUUUUGAAAGCACUGAUCAAGAAUUCCAAGAUGUUAAAAUUCAUCAUAUUGAAUUUGAGCAAAAGUAUAAGAUGGUCCUUGAAGAGAAUGCAAAAUUGAAACAGGAAAUAGGAAAUCUCUCUAAAGAAGCUCAAGAACUUGGUUUAAAUCUGGAUGCUUUGAAGACAGAGCUCUCUCACAAAACCCAGGAACUUCAGCAGAAGACAACUGAGAAUCAAAAAAGGUUAAAAGAAGUGGAAGAGCUGAAGGAACAAUUAGAAAGUAGGCUGCACACUGUAGAAAAGGAGAAAACACUGCUUACCGAGAAACUUCAACAAACCUUAGUAGAAGUAAAAACCUUAACCCAAGAAAAGGAUGAUCAAAAACAACUCCAAGAGAGCCUGCAAAUUGAGAGGGACCAACUCAAAAAUGACAUUCAGGAUACGAUAAACAUGAAUAUAGACACCCAGGAACAACUACGAAAUGCUCUUGAGUCUUUGAAACAACACCAAGAAACGAUUAACACACUAAAAUUGAAAAUUUCUGAGGAAACUUCCAAGAAUUUGCAUAUAGAGGAAAACUUAGGAGAAAUUAAGGAUGAACUUCAGGAGAAGAUGGUUGGCAUAGAUAGAAAACAAAAUUUGGAAGCCAAAAAAACCCAAGCACUGAUUGCAGAUGUUGAGGAUAAUGAGCUAAUUGAGCAACAGAGAAAGAUAUUUUCUUUAAUACAGGAGAAAAAUGAACUGCAACAAAUGUUAGAGAGUAUUACAGCAGAAAAGGAACAACUGAAGACUGACCUAAGGGAAAGCAUUGAAAUGACCAUUGAAAACCAGGAAGAAUUAAGAAUGCUUGGAAAUGAACUUAAAAAGCAACAAGAGAUAGUUGCACAAGAAAAGAGCCAUACCAUAAAGAAAGAAGAAGAGCUUUCUAGGACCUGUGAAAAACUGGCAGAAGUUGAAGAAAAGCUGAAGGAAAAGAGCCAACAACUCCAAGAAAAACAGCAACAACUUCUUAGUGUACAAGAAGAGAUGACCGAGAUUCAGAAAAAGAUGAAUGAAAUGGAAAAUUUAAAGAAUGAACUAAAGAACCAAGAAUUAACAUUGGAACGUAUAAAAAUUGAGAGACUAGAGUUGGUUCAGAAACUUCAUGAAAAUUAUGAGGAAAUGAAAUUCAUAAGCAAAGAAAGAAAUGAUCUAAAGGAAUUACAGGAGUCAUUUGAAAUAGAAAGAAAUAAGCUUAAAGGACACAUAAGAGAAAUUGAAGCCACGGGUCUAGAAACAAAAGAAGAACUAAAAGUGGCCCACAUGCUUCUAAAAGAGCACCAAGAAACUGUUGAAGAACUAAGAAGAAACAUUUGUGAGAAGACAGCUCAAAUAAUAAAUAUUCAGAAGAACUUAGAAAAAGCCAAUACUGAAUUGCAAGAAAAGAUCCCAGUGCUUCAUGAGGAACAGGAUCUACUUCCUAAUGUGAAAGAAGUCAGUGAUAUUCAGGAAACAGUGGAUGAACCAGAGCUAUUGAAAGAACAAUCCAAAACCAAGGAUUCAAAAACACUGGCAAGUGUAGAAAUGGAAAGUCUCAGGUUGACUGAAAAACUUCAAGAAAGUCACGAAGAAAUAAAAUCUCUCACUAAGGAAAGAGACGAUCUUAAAAUGACGAAAGAAGCACUUCAGGUUGAAUGUGACCAACUGAAAGAAGAAAUCAGAGAAACUUUGACUAAAAUUCAAGCAUCUCAAGACAAACAGGAACAGUCCUUCAAUAGGAAAGAAAAAGACGAUGAGACUAAGAAAAUAAUGAGUGAGAUGGAGCAAUUGAAGGAGCAAUUCAAAAUCAAAGAUUCAGCACUGCUAAGACUAGAAAUGGAAAAGCUUGAGUGGUCUGAGCGACUUCAAGAAAGCCAUGAUGAAGUGAAAUCUAUAGCUAAGGAGAGAGAUGACCUACAGAGGCUACAAGAAGUUCUUAAGUCUGAAAGGAACCAACUCCAAGAAAACAUAAGAGAAAUGGUAGCUAAACACCUAGAAACCAAAGAGGAACUUGAAGUUGCUCAUUGUCACCUAAAAGAACAGGAGGAAACUAUUGGUAAAUUGAGAGUGGAUCUUUCAGAGAGGGAAACUGAAAUAUCAAGCAUUCAACAGGAAUUGGAAACAACAAAUGAUGAAUUACAGAAAAAGACCCAAGAGUUUCAUGAGAAACAGAAACAAUUUAUUACCAUAAAAGAAAUCAGUGAAACUCGGGAAAAAAUGAGUGAACUGGAACAGUUAAAGGAACAUCUCAAAGCCAAAGAUUCAUCACUACAAAGAAUAGAAAAUGAGAGGCUCCAGUUGACUGAGAAACUUCAGGCAAGCCAAGAAGAAAUUAAAACCAUAAUUAAAGAAAGAGAUGAUCUGGAAAGGGUGCAGGAAGUCCUUCAAAAGGAAAGAGACCAGCUCAAAGAAAACAUUAAAGAAAUUGUAGCUGAAGGACAGAAAAUCAAAGAGGAACUAAAAGCUACUUACAUUCUUCUGAAGGGGUGCCAAGGAACCAUUAAUACAAGGAAUAGUUCAGAGAAGACAGAUCAAGGAGCAAAUAUUCAGAGAGACUUAGAAAUUUCAGAUGCUGAAUUACAGGCAAAGAUUCAAGAACUUCAAGAAGAAGAACAUCAACUUCUUAAGAUGAAAGAUGUCAGUGAGAUGCAGGAAAAAAUAUAUGAAAUGGGAAACUUGAAGAAGCAACUUGAGGCCCAAAAGUCAACCCUGGAAAAUACAGAAUUGGAGAACAUAAGGUUAACUCAGAGACUCCAUGAAAAUCUUGAAGAAAUAAGAUCUGUUACAAAAGAAAGAGAUUACCUUAGGAGUGUGGAGGAGACUCUCAAAGUAGAGAUAGAUCAACUCCAGGAAAACCUAAGAGAAACCACAAUUAGAGACUUGGAAAAACAAGAGGAACUAAGAAUUGCCCAAGUGAAUCUGAAAGAGCACCAAGAAACUAUCGAUAAACUCAGAGGAAUUGUUUCAGAGAAGACAGAUGAAAUAUCAAAUAUUCAAAAGGCUUUAGAAAACACAAAUACUGCCUUAAAAGCACAGAUCCAAGAACUUCAGGAGAAGGAACAUCAACUUCUUAAGGUAAAAAAUGAUCUCAGGGAAAAUACAUAUCAAACAGAGCAGUUGAAGAAGCAAUUAGAGGCCCAGAAAUCAACCCUGGAAAGCAUAGAAGCAGAGAAGUUAAGGUUGACUCAGAAACUUCAAGAAAACCUUGAAGAAAUAAAAUCUGUUACUAAGGAAAGAGAUGACCUAAGAAGAAUGGAGGGAACCCUCAAAAUGGAGCAAGACCAGCUCAGUGAAAUCCUCAGAGAAACAAAAGCUAAAGACCUUGGAAAACAAGAAGAACUAAGAAUUGCUCACGUGCAUCUGAAAGAGCACCAGGAAAUUAUUGAUAAACUCAGAAGGAUUGUUUGUGAGAAGACAGAAGAAAUAUCAAAUAUGCAAAUGGAUUUAGGAAAUUCAAAUGCUAAAUUACAAGAAAAGGUCCAAGAACUUAAAGCAAAUGAACGUCAACUUUUUAAGUUAAAAGAAGAGGUUAGUGAGACACAGAAAAAAAUGUGUGGCAUAGAGCGACUGAAGAAAGAAUUCAAGGCCCAAAGUUUAACUCUGGAUAAAAUAGAAAUGGAGAACUUAAAUUUGGCUCAGAAACUUCAUGAAAACCUUGAAGAAACGAAAUCUGUAAUGAAAGAAAGAGAUAACCUAAGGAGAGUAGAAGAGACUCUGAAACUGGAGAGAGACCUACUCAAGGCAGACCUGCAAGAAGCCAUAGCUAGAGAUCUGGAAACACAAGAGCAACUAAAAAUUGCCCAUAUGCAUUUGAAAGAACACCAAGAAACUAUUGAUAAAUUCAGAGAGAGAGUUUCAGAAAAGAGAUCUCAGAUUUCAUAUAUUCAGACGGAUUUAAAUAAAUCAAAAGACGAAUUACCAAGAAAGCAGAAUCAACAGAACCACGAAGAGGUAGUAAAAUAUGAAAAAAAAUUACUGUGUGAUGGAAACCAACACCUUAUAGAAAGCCUGAGAGAAAAGUGCUUCAGGAUAAAAGAGCUUCUUAAGAGAUACUCAGAGAUGGAUAAUCAUUAUGAGUGCUUAAAUAGAUUGUCUCAUGACUUGAAGAAGGAAAUCGAAACACAAAAAGAGCUUUCAAUUAGAGUAAAAGCAAACCUCUCACUUCCAUGUCCACAAAGCAAGCAAAUUCAAAAACUUCUCACUGCAAACCAAAGGUGUUCCAUGGAAUUUCAUAGAGUCAUGAAGAAACUUCAGUAUGUGUUAAGCCAUGUUACAAAGAUAAAGGAAGAACAACAUGAAUCUAUCAAUAAACUUGAAGUGGCUUUUAUUGAUGAAGUGGAAAAGCAAAAUGAACUGCUAAUUAAAAUACAGCACCUUCAACGAGAUUAUGAUGUACCACCCAAAGAAUUAAGGGACCUCAAAUUGAGCCAGAGUAUGGAUCUGCAUAUUGAGGAAAUUCUCAAGGAUUUUUCAGAAAGUGAUUGCCAUAGCAUAGAGACUGAAUUUCAGCAAGUACUAAGUAACAGAAAAGAAAUGACCCAGUUUUUGGAAGAGUGGUUGAAUGCUCAUUUUGAUAUAGAAAAGCUUAAAAAUGGCAUCCAGAAAGAAACUGAUAGUAUUUUUCAAGUGAAUAACUUCUAUAAUAACAAAAUAAUUGCUAUAAUGAAUGAAUCAACAGAAUUCGAAGAAAGAAAUGCCACCAUAGCCAAAGAAUGGGAACAUGAUCUGAAAUCAAUUAAAGAGAACAAUGAAAAACUGUUUAAAAACUACCAAACUUUGAAGCUCUCCCUGACCUCUGGUGCCCUUGUUAAUCCUACUACACAAGACAAUAAGAAUCUUCAUGUUACAUCAAGAACUACACAACAAGCCACAGAGAAAACUCAAGAGCUGGAAAUGUCACUCCAUGAAGCUAAAGAAAGUGCAAUGCAUAAGGAAGGCAAGAUUAUAAAGAUGCAGAAAGAACUUGAGAUGACUAAUGACAUAAUAGUAAAACUUCAAGGGCAAGUUAAUGAAUCAAAUGAUUGCCUUGAAAAAACAAAAGAAAUGAUCCAAGUGCUUCAGAACAAAAUUGCUUUAGGAGCUAAGCCCUAUAAAGAAGAAAUUGAAGAGCUCAAAAUGAAGCUGGUGAAAAUGGACCUAGAGAAGAUGAAAAAUGCCAAAGAUUUUGAAAAGGAAAUCACUUCAACAAAAGCAACUGUGGAAUAUCAAAAAGAAGUCAUAAGGCUAUUGAGAGAAAAUCUUAGAAGAAAUCAACAGGCCCAAGAUACCUCAAUGGUAUCAGAACAUGCUGAUACUCAGCCUUCAAAUAAACCCUUCACCUGUGGAGGUGGCAGUGGCAUUGUACAAAGCACGAAAGCUCUUAUCCUGAAGAGUGAGUAUAUACGGCUGGAAAAGGAAGUUUCCAAGUUAAAGCAGCAAAAUGAACAGCUAAUAAAGCAAAAAAAUGAGCUGUUAAGCAAUAAUCAUCAUCUUUGCAAUGAGGUCAAAACGUGGAAGGAGAGAACCCUUCAAAGAGAGGCUUACAAAGAAGUAACUUGUGAGAAUUCUCCAAAGUCUCCUAAAGUGACUGGAACAGCCUCUAAAAAGAGACAACAUAUGUCAUCUCCAUGCAAGGAACGGAAUUUACAAGAUCCUGUGCCAAAGGAAUCGCCAAAAUCUUGGUUUUUUGAUAGCCGAUCAAAGUCUUUGCCAGUACCUCCUCCAGUUCACUAUUUUGAUAACUCAAGUUUAGGCCUUUGCCCAGAAGAGCAAAUUGCUGGAGCAGAGACUAUGGAUCCCCAGCCAGGUCCUUGGCGUGCCUCCUCUGGAAAAGAUGUGCCCGAGUGCAAGACUCAGUAGAUUCCUCUCUGUCACUUUUCUGGGGGCCCAGCGUUCCAUGUUUGGAAAUGCCUGUGUUUAUCCCUGGCAAUGAUGUCACGGUCCAACUUAAUUUCAGUUCAGUCUUCACUUUGCUGGUAGAAUUGGAAGGUGAAGGAACAGGAUUCAUUCCCGUUAUUAAGAAUGGUGAUAGCAAUACCUUCUUCUUGAAUGCGGUAAUCCUUUAGAAGUUGAAUAGUUUUAUUUAUUUAUAUGUUUUGUAAAGAAUAAAGUUAUUGAAGGAAAUUUCCAAUCUUUCCAUGUAUACAUAAAAUGUAUACUUUUUCAUUAAUGUAAAGUUAUCUACAUGUGACUUAGAGAAUUCCAAAGCAUGAUUCAUAA